CUUACACACCAAAUGAUGCCACAGAAGAGAUUGCAGUACAAGAAGAAGAAGAAAUCCCACAGGAUCAGGACUCCCCUCCAAAUGAGUAUCUCAUGCAUAUUUCGGCUCAUGCAGUUUCAGGGCAGGUCACUGCUGGCACAUUUUCAGUCAAGGUCACUGUUGGUGGACAAACAGGCAUUGCCCUUAUUGAUACCGGCAGUUCAAGUACAUUCAUUGAUUUGUAUUUAGCAGUUACAACCACUUGCCAUAUCCAAAAGAAAAAAUCGGCUAAAAUAGCUGUGGCUGGGGGAGGCCAACUUACAUCUGGGGCAAUCAUAGCAGACACUGCAUUCUGCUUCUUGGUUUUCCAAAGGUCCGGAGGAGCGGAAGAGUUUCUAGUCGAGAAGGGUCGGGCAUUAGCAAAUCCUUCAAUCCCAACUCUUGAAAAGAAGAAACCAAUUUUAAGGCAUCUCCUCCCCUCGGUGCAUAUUAUCAUAUAGAAAGAAACGUUGCUAUUCCGUUGCGUCUUAGACAUUUCACUGAUGCGGGGCGGGGAAUCGAGUCUAUUCAGGAGUGCAUUUCCCUAGCGGACGAGGUGAUUUAUGCAAGAUCUUGUCAAAUUGAUUGAUUUAGCUGGCGACGAAAAAGAGCACGAAAUGCUACUCGAAAACGCGUAUAGUAAGUAGUCUUCGUCGAUGGGACCUCCAGUGUAUGCGUUACGAGGCAACUAGCAUUUUGUCAUUAAAGUUCGUGAAAGAAUGUUUCGUUGGAAAAACCAACGCCGAUCUAAAACUAAGUCUUCCUUUCAAAAGUGAGCGAGCAGAGCUGAAAAAGAUGGAGUUACCUGGAGAUGAGAUUUCUUUCUACGGAUAUGAAGGAUAGAAAUAUGCUAUUUGCUGCUAUUCCAUCUAUUUGUGCAUCAAGUCCGAAGAAGAUCUCAAUCUAUAAUGAAGAAAUGAUAGUAGCUCGUUGUUUUAUAGGCUUUCUCAUAUUCAGUCGGAAGAGUUUAGGUAAGACUUUCAAAGAAACUCUCGACGGGAGAAUCGAGUCUAUUCAGGAAGAAUUGCUGCAAUUCUUCAAUCCUAACGAAGUAAUUCCGGAGGAAUCCAAUGAACAACAACGAUUACUUAGGAUCAGCUUGCGAAUUUGCAGCACCGUAGUAGAAUCAUUACCAACGGCACGCUGUGCGCCUAAGUGCGAAAAGACAGUGCAAGCUUUGUUAUGCCGAAACCUAAAUGUAAAGUCAGCAACACUUCUAAAUGCCACUUCUUCCCGCCGCAUCCGUCUUCAGGACGAUAUAGUCACAGGUUUUCACUUUUCAGUGAGUGAAAGAUUUGUAUCCGGGUCUACGUUCAAAGCUUCUACCAUAGACCUAAUUCGAGAAGGCUUGAUAGUCCUAAGAAAGGUGAGGGUGGGGGGUUCUAUUUAGGAAGAAUAAGAAGAAUCUCAUUCAUGUGUUCAUGCUAACAGAAGAGCGGAUCCAAUACACAUAAGACUUUUUUUCAGGAAAU